AUGGCCGCAGCGUACGAUUCCGAUCAACCCAUCACCGGAGACUCCGCCGCCGGAGGAUACGACCCGUCCUUCGUGCCGGACUCCGUCAAAUCGUUCGUAGUUCACAUGUAUCGCCACAUUCGGGAGAAGAACGUGUACGAGAUUCACCAGAUGUACGAGACUUCGUUUCAGAGCAUCAGCGAAAGGUUUUUCAAGGACAGCCCGUGGCCCUCCGUGGAGUCUGUGGCGCCGUACGUUGAUAACGACCAUGUCUUUUGUUUGCUGUACCGCGAGAUGUGGUUCCGACAUUUGUACGCCAGGCUCUCGCCCACUCUCAGGCAGCGGAUUGAUUCGUGGGAAAAUUAUUGCAAUUUGUUCCAGGUUGUAGUGCAUGGUGUAGUGAAUAUGCAGCUGCCAAAUCAGUGGUUGUGGGACAUGGUUGAUGAGUUUGUUUACCAGUUUCAGUCAUUCUGCCAAUAUCGUGCUAAGAUGAAGACGAAGACCGAGCAGGAGAUUGCACUUCUGAGGCAAUUUGAUCAGGCAUGGAAUGUGUACGGUGUCCUCAAUUACCUACAAGCACUUGUGGAGAAGUCUAAAAUCAUUCAAAUUCUAGAGCAGGAGAAAGAAGGCGCUGAACAGUUUACGGCUACAGAUGGGUAUGAUUACAAUGGCGGAAGUAAUGUCUUGAAGGUCUUGGGGUACUUCAGCAUGAUCGGCCUUCUUAGAGUUCACUGCUUGUUGGGUGAUUAUCACACAGGCCUUAAAUGCUUACUUCCAAUUGACAUAAGUCAACCAGGAGUGUAUAUCAGUGUUAUUGGCAGCCAUAUUGCGACUAUAUAUCACUAUGGGUUUGCAAAUCUUAUGCUGCGAAGAUAUACAGAAGCCAUUAGGGAAUUUAAUAAGAUCCUCCUCUACAUCUUCAAGGCCAAGCAAUACCACCAGAAAUCUGCUCAGUAUGAGCUGAUACUGAAGAAGAACGAGCAGAUGUAUGCCUUGCUUGCUAUUUCUCUUUCCCUGUGUCCUCAGGUGCAACUUGUUGAGGAGACUGUGAACUCUCAAUUACGGGAAAAAUACGGUGAGAAAAUGAUGAGGAUGCAAAGGUAUGAUGACGAGGCAAUUCCACUGUACGAUGAGCUCUUUUCUUAUGCUUGCCCAAAAUUCAUCACCCCAUCUGCCCCAAGUUAUGAGGAGCCUCUUGUAAACUACAACCAGGAUGCCUAUAGACUUCAGUUGAAGUUGUUUAUUUAUGAAGUGAAGCAGCAGCACCUAUUGUCGGGCCUCCGGACAUUCUUAAAAGUGUACUCAACAAUUUCCAUCCCGAAGCUCGCAGCAUACCUGGAAGUGGAUGAACUUACUUUAAGGUCAAUUUUGAUGACGUACAAACACAAGACACAUGCCGUGGAUUCAGAUGGGAAAAUCACUUCCAAUGCAGAUAUCAACUUUUACGUUGUUGAUGAAAUGGUUCAUGUUGUUGAAUCCAAACCGGCAAAGAAAUACGGAGAUUAUUUUAUGCGCCAAAUUGUCAAGCUUGAAGGGAUAAUGACGAACAUCGACAGGAUAAAAUUGGAGGACAGCUCAGAUGGCGCCGCAUCUCGCCACGUCAGCACCAUCCCCUUCCUUAAUAUGAACCCCACCGCACCGAGUCCGUUCUCGGAUAAAAAGAAAAAAAACCGGCAAACGCUAGCAAACGGUUUUUACUCACGCACGCUGUAUCAAAAAGUGUGUGAGAACUCGGAUAAAAUGCGCGUUUCACAGCCACCGUCUUCACCAGCUGAUCGCAGGCUAAGCGCUCUUGUUCGUCACCUCGAAGGAUCGCUCAUCGACGACAUGGACAACCAGAACCACCCGAUCGCCGCCGCUCCGACGUCGGGCUCCGCCGGAGCUCGGAUCUCUGUGUUUGAGCAUGUUGCUCGGGCGCCCGAAGAUCCCAUACUCGGCGUUACGGUUGCAUAUAACAAAGACCAAAGCCCAGUGAAGUUGAAUCUGGGAGUUGGUGCUUACCGAACGGAGGAAGGAAAGCCUCUCGUUUUGAAUGUUGUGAGAAGAGCAGAGCAGAUGCUAGUGAAUGACAGCUCUCGUGUGAAGGAGUAUCUUCCAAUUGUUGGACUCGCAGAUUUCAAUAAAUUGAGUGCAAAGCUCAUACUUGGUGCUGACAGCCCUGCUAUCCAAGAAAACAGGGUGACAACUGUUCAGUGUUUGUCGGGUACAGGCUCUUUAAGAGUUGGUGGUGAAUUUUUGGCUCGUCACUAUCACCAACAUAUCAUCUACAUUCCGCUGCCAACAUGGGGAAACCACCCAAAAGUCUUUGGUUUGGCAGGAUUGUCAGUAAAGACUUACCGCUAUUACAAUCCAGCUACACGCGGACUAGAUUUUGAAGGUUUGAUGGAGGACCUUGGAUCUGCUCCAGAAGGAGCAGUUGUGCUUCUUCAUGCGUGUGCUCAUAACCCAACUGGUGUUGACCCAACCCCUCAACAGUGGGAGGGGAUAAGGCAGCUUAUGAGAUCAAAGGCAUUGUUACCUUUCUUUGACAGCGCUUAUCAGGGUUUUGCUAGUGGAAGCCUGGACGCAGAUGCACAGUCAGUUCGGAUGUUCGUUAAUGAUGGAGGUGAAUGCUUUGUGGCUCAAAGUUAUGCUAAAAAUUUGGGGCUUUAUGGUGAGCGAGUUGGCGCUCUAAGCAUUGUUUGCCGUACUGCUGAUGUGGCAAGCAGGGUGGAGAGUCAGCUGAAAUUAGUUAUCCGCCCCAUGUACUCUAACCCUCCCAUUCACGGGGCUUCAAUUGUAGCUACUAUCCUCAAGGACAGAGCAAUGUUUGAAGAAUGGACAAUCGAGCUGAAGGCUAUGGCUGACCGUAUCAUCAGCAUGCGUCAGAAACUAUUUGAUGCUUUACGUGAGCGAGGUACACCGGGUGACUGGAGCCACAUCAUCAAGCAGAUUGGUAUGUUCACCUUCACGGGACUCAACUCAGAGCAAGCAGCCUUCAUGACUAAGGAAUACCACAUCUACAUGACAUCUGAUGGGCGUAUAAGCAUGGCUGGUCUGAGUUCAAGGACAGUGCCACACCUUGCGGAUGCCAUUCAUGCGGCCGUCACAAAAUUUACCUGA